UCUUUAAAAUCACAUUCCAGAUGAGGUAUCUCUUCUAACAGGAUACAAUCUUGUUGAACUUGAAGUCACUCGAACAUUGAAGUACAUGGAAAUGUGCAUUUCCAAAUCGCCGUCCAACAUGAAUACGCCUACAGAAAUUGAAUCAUCACCGGAUACAAAUGCAGAAAAGCUGUUCACAGCAGAAAAAAUUCCUGAAAUUGUUCAUUUAUUCAAAGAGGGCGAUGUUGAUAAAAGUGGGGGCCUGGACAUCAAUGAAUUUUAUGAGGUAAUUACAAAAAUAAAUCCUGACAUCAGCAAGGAGGAGGCUCAUGUCUUACACAUGAAGAUUGACACAAACUGUGAUCGAACUGUGGAUCUAGGAGAACUUUUACACUAUUUCCUUCAGAGAAAUGAGAAGACAGUUGCUUUGGACUACAGAAACAUACUUUUCCCUAAUGAUUUUACAUAUAUACAUAAUGAAUGUCUUAAACCAGUUAUAAAAAUUAUUUGCUUACUGGUGACCGACACAUCAGAUUUCAGGGGUUAUUGUUCAGGGGAAUUAAUGAGAUCUUACAAAUAUUUUGCUUACAUUACUAUCUUUUCAAAUGGCCUGCUGAAGAUGUGGUUGAAUGAGUUCAAACUUUGGCAAACUGUUCGCCUUUACGAAAGAGACAUGAUUAGACCUGCUUUCCACCAUACUCCAAUCAUGGUAGUUACUGAUGCGGUGUACAUACAUGAACUCGGAAUGCUGGCUGUCUCCACAUCUAACAGAGAAAUCUUAUUCUAUGGCAUAAAUUCAGCCUAUAAUGUAACAAAGAUCCGAUUUGCUAUCUUGGAGGAAGAGAUCACAGCCAUGGACUACUACUGUGCUGGAAACACUGGAAUUAUGGCCUGCGGUGAUGCAAAAGGAUAUUUGUUUGUGUUUGUCUCCUACUAUGUCUUUGAUAAUGGCCUUUUCUGCCAAAGUAAGUUGCAAUUUAAUCCUUCACAACACUAUCCGACAGUGACCGUCUCAUCUCUGCUAACUAGGACCAACAAAGAGUUUCACAGUCUGAGGUUUUAUGCUUUCGAGGACAUGUGCACUGAAGUGCAAUACAUUCCAGCUUUACAAUCUUUUUCUAUGUGUGGUAAAAGAGCUACAUCCAUGGCCCUUAUCCAUUGCAUCUUUAACCAAGAGAGUGGGACCGUCACUCCCCACAAACAAACCUUUAAAAGCCGAGGAUCAUGCUGCAAGUGUGUUGCAUAUUCUCCUUGGUCCAGGUUCUUUUUGACUGGUGGAGAAACUGGCUUUCUGUAUUUGUGGUUACCCCACAAAACCACAUCAUUUAAACAUAAAUUAAAGGGACAUAACAAAAGUCUCACCCAAAUCAUAUACAACUCUGUAGAGAAAAUAUUCGUCAGCAUAUCUAUUGACCAAAACGUACGUAUCUGGGGUGAUGGAGAAUGGACCUGCAAACAGAGUAUUUUUCCCAGUGGCAUGACAUCGAUAGGCCCAAUCACUAGUGUAUUCUACAACAUACACAACAAUGAGUUGUUUAUUGCUAAUUCAGAUAUUGCAAAAUGUCUUGGAAGGGGAACCAAUGUUUUUCAUAAUACCUUAAGAUCCCACAACAGGCCUCUGUGCAGUAUGCUCUAUCACAGCAUUUACAAACAAGUUAUCUCUGUUUGCCAGAAAGGCAAACUUACAGUGUGGGAUACCUUGACAGGAAAGGCUGUUAUGGAGUUUGCUAUUUCAGACGCAAAGGUUGUGGGACCCACGUGCAUUUCAUUCGACGAAGUCAAACGCAAACUGAUCACAAUUUCUUGCGACAGGAAAGUAAAACAGUGGAACUUUAACAGUGGAGAACUGCUUGAUGCCCAAAAAGUAAAAUUACCAAAUGAUGUGACCAGCAUUCUCUGCAUAAAUGACAUGUUUAUUUCCACAAAGGGUUCCUCAAAAAUCUUACAACUCAACCCUAAAGGAAAGUUAAAGAAUGUUUUGGAGCAUUUUCUAUUAGACACUAUUUGCUCCAUGGAUUACUUUGACAACAACCUGAUCACAGCAUCCAGCAAUGGAAAUGUUCUCACCUGGGAUUUAGAAGCUUCAGAAGUUGAGGGUUAUAUCAACACAACAAUCAGUCCGCGAACACACAGGCUUAAAUUUGACCUUGGCCAGCUACUGCAUCAAUUUAAUUUGUUGCAUGAGUCUACAAAGAGGUGUGAAAAAGAAAGGGUCCUUAUUGUAAAAUGUCUAAGGAGCAGAGAGGCUGGGCCUAAAACAGCCACGUUGCUGAUUGUAGAAGAUGUCUACAUUACUGCCUGGUCAACAACACUUCAUGGCGGAAUGGUAGGUAAGUUCAAGGCAGUCAAAAGAGAUGACAGUAAGAUUACAUGUGUGUCAGUUUCUGAAACUGAAACAAUUUUACUGACUGGUGAUAGUAAUGGGGUAGUUUGUUUGUAUGAUAUUCGGGAAUUUGGCCUUCAAACAAAAGAUAAUGAGGAAUAUGAGACAGUAAAUGGAUGGAAAAUCCCUUUGCAAUCAACUCCGCUGUUAGCAUCUUGGCAAGCCGGUCUUUCUGAGUUGGUAAGUGUUGCAUGUGAUCCGGCGUUUGAGAAAAUAUUCACUGCAGAGUUGGAAUACAAUGUGAAACUCUGGACAAGCACUGGUACCUUUGUUGGUAUCUUUGGGAAAGAUCGAUGGGUGAACAUGGUUCAAAGACAAGUAGUGCCAAUAACCAAGGAAACAGAGAAGGUUUGCCUACAAAGUAAACUAGAACAUCAUGAUGAAGAAAAAGAAGGAGAAGAAGUUGUAGAAGAACUACACCUCACACGUAUGGUCAAGACAAUGCCAUUUAUGAUAGAUUUUAUAGAUUUAUUGACAGACAAAAACAACUACUCACUCUUAAAUAGUGAGGUUGAACUGGUUGAUAAACUAAUAGAGAAAGUCUCUAUAGUAAAAUUUUUAUAUACAAAGUGCCUUGAAGAAGAAUAUAAUGAUAUUUUACAACCUGUGUUGAUGCGUUUCAACAUCCCUCUAGAGCUAGAAACUCUGGUAAAAUUUGCAAUUAAUGAUGAAAAGAAAAAACUGUCUACAUUUGAGGCCCUGGUAAACUCUCAAGCUUUUAAAACACAACAAAUAACAAAUAAUACCUUAGCAACCACAGAAAGAACUAAGACCAUGGAAAGGUAUAAAAAGAGGCAUUUGUUGACUUACUUUGGCAAAAACAGAACUAAAAACAUCAAUUUAUCUAAAAUAGUGAAAUCACCAAAAUUAUCAGAUGAAGUAAAACUCCAGCUGAAACCCCACUGGCCUAUUAAUCUUUAUCCAAUAGCCUCGACUGAGCCAUUGACAGAUGUAACAAUAACUAAAAGCCCUGUGAAAAGGAUGCCUGAGAAAAAAACAACUCUAGUAAAAUUACCACCAUUGUUGACAGAGGUGCAGCCUGCACAGACCCAACCAAAGCCAUAUCCACCUAAGACCCCAGCUUCUGCAGGCCCAACUAGACACUCAAAAAGUAAACGGGAAUGCGAAUUUGAAAAUGAUUCGACAAGACAGACUCUACAAACACCAAACAUCAUCUUACCAUUACUAGAGUGUUCAAAAAACUUUAACUCAUUACGGGAACAACUUAAAUUAGUUAAACAUAAGGUCUUAACACUGGAAGGCCCAAGUAAGGACAUAGAAUCUACAAAUGAGGUGCAGCAAGGGUCUGAUUAUUCUGCAAAACAAAGCUCCACAAGCACUGUAGCAACUAAAGAAUUUUUUUCUCCAUCAACCAUAAAAGAAACACCAGUGCUAUCAAAUGAGCAAAUACCUGAACCAUGUUUCCCACAACCUUUAUUACAGAGUCCCUGGUUGGAAAAAUCACCAGACAGUGAAGUGACACCACCUCAUGAGGAGAUUCAACAAACUGAAUUGUCUUUGCCAUUACCACCAAAGUCAAAGGUGGUAAAGUUCACAGAACCAGUUGUGAAGUCACAAUUCACUAAGACCUAUACAUCCACACAUAGGAUGAUGCCAAUAAAAAGUAUUCUGAGAAAUACUGGCACAGAAAAACAAAUGCCUGUGAAAGAAAGGAAUCUUGUACAACCAUUGCAAACAUCAACAAAGAUGCAGACUACAAAGAGCCAAUCGAAACUGCCCCCUUUAAUAAAUUCUGCCUCUGAAGGCUUUUUGGUGCAGACACAUCAUCCACUUGAAAGCAUAUACAAACAGAUAUCUGACCAAUAUUCUACUAGUGGUCGACAAAUGUUUGGAGGUCUUGCGUCACAAUUCACCCCACACACCUCAGCAACUAAGAAAACCACUGUGGAUAGAGCAGACCAGAAACAACAAAAACAACAAUUAGUAAAGCCAUCAACCUCAGAAAGAAUCCAAAUAAUAAAGAGUGGCCUGAGAAAAUUUCAACCUGUGACAAUUCAACCCAAAGGCCAGACUACCUCUCAAACCACUUCAUUACCACCAAUAUCAAAAAAGGUUUCGAUUGUGCAAUCCCAACAGAAACUACACCAACUCAUGGCCCCUGCAGGUCCAACUACAAGACAACACAGAGGCACAAGGGGACAUACGCAUCAGAGGGAAACAAAUCUUCAACCAUUAUCAGCACUUCUAAAGGAGGUACAGCCACCACAUACUGAACAAAGGUCACACCCACCAAUGACCCCUGCAGGUCCAACUAGGCCAGCUGGGAGCUCAAGAACACACGCAUCUGCGAGGGGACAUGCGCAUGAGAGGGAAGCAAAUCUUCAACCAUCACCUACACUUUUGAAAAAGGUGCAGCUCCUGCACACUGAGCAGAAGCCGCAUCCACCCAUGUCCCCUGCAAGCCCAACUAUGCCAGUAGGGAGCUCAAUACCGCACAGAUGCACAAGGGGAUAUACGCAUGAGAGGGAAACAAAUCUUCGACCAUCACCCGAACAGUUAAAACAGGUGCAGCCCCCACAGACUGAGCAGAAGCCACACCCACCCAUGACCCCCGCAGGCCCAACUAGGCCAGUAGGGAACUCAAGAACACAUAGAUGUGCAAGGGGACAUACUAAUGAGAGGGAAACAAACCUUCGACCAUCACACUCACAGUUAAAACAAGUGCAGACCCCACAGAAUGAGUAUAAGCCACACCCACACAUGACCCCCCGCAGGCCCAACUAGGCCAGUAGGGAGCUCAAGAACACAUAGAUGUGCAAGGGGACAUACUAAUGAGAGGGAAACAAAUCUUUGACCAUCACACGCACAGUUAAAACAGGUGCAGACCUGACAGACGGAGUAUAAGCCACACCCACCCAUAACCCCUGCAGGUGCAACUUGGUCUGUAGGAAGCUCAAUACCGCGCAGAUGCACAAGGGGAUAUACGCAUGAGAGGGAAACAAAUCUUCGACCAUCACCCGAGCAGUUAAAACACGUGCAGCCCCCACAGACUGAGCACAAGCCACCCCCACCCAUGACCCCCACAGGCUCAACUAGACCAGUAGGGAGCUCAAGAACACAGAGAUGUGCAAGGGGACAUAAUAAUGAGAGGGAGAAAAAUCGUUAACGAUCACCCACACAGUCAAAGAAAUGUGCAGCCCCAACAGACUGAACAACAGCCAUAUCCACCUGUAAACCGUACGGGUACAACUGGGCCAGUAGGGAGCCGUAGGAACCCCUGUAAUCAAAACUAGGAUGAGAGGGAAAGACAUGAGACAUCAGAAUAAGACAGAGCAAUCAUAAGAUGUGAGCAAUGGCAUUUUACAGAAACAAAUGUGUAGCAAGCAUUUUCAAAGGUCGCUUGGUUUCCUCCCAUAUUUCAAAAACAAUUUUAGCUUAUAUGAUCAUUCUGAUUAAAUUGUGUCUGUGAGUGUAUCUGUGUGUUGUUUUCCGGUGCCUCAUUAGGGUUUUCUCUGGGUGCUCCAGUUUUACCCCUAAAAACUUAUUACAAUAAAAUGAAAAAUUUAAGUAUUUAAGUGUUUAUUCUGCUCCUGCCCAAUUUGAAAAGGGCUUGAAAACCUGGAAAACCACAAGGGAUAACUCUUUGUUUUCCUCUCUUUGUUAUGUUUUAUUGAGGAUGUAUUCAGGCUGUGUGCAAUGUUUUCUUGUGUUUGUGGAAUAGUUCAUUUUUUCUCCCCUCAAAAAUGAACUAUUCCAAAAUGUUUUUUAAAUUUACCUGAAAGUCUUCCUCAUUUCUCAGGUGUUGUCUCUCUGUAAAGACUUCUCUAGGGACUUAAGGUCCAGUCUGUGUAGCAGUGUUGUUACACCAGAUUGUAGAACAGUUAGUUUGGUAGGAAGUUAUACAGGCAACGGUAACCUUUAUUUUGAAAAGACGAAAGCUCCACUGCGGAAAAAUUGUGGGUAACUUCCGGUGUAGAAAUGUUAAUUUUAUUUGUAUUCAAUGUGUUUUAUAAUAGUAAUGGUGAAUUAUUGUUAGUACUGUUGAGCACAUUGAUUUCACAGACUGUCUUUGUGGGGUCUCAGUUCAGUGCUCAACAGAUAGUCUAACGGGCCAUACCAUUGCAGCGGGGUAAACGCUCUCCCAUGAGAUUAGACGGCCUCUUAGAAGGUAUGAAGUUUUGCUUGUGCAGUUAAUAAUUUUAUUUUCUGUGUGUAUGUGAAAGUUGAAUUACUGAUUUUUUUGUUGUAAAAUAAAUAGUUAUAGGGGGAAUUAAGUUCGAUAUAAGAGUGGUUGUUUUGGGGUUGUUAAUAUUUAGCAGCUCUAGCGCUGCAGGAAAUUUCGCUAGUCGGUUAGUAUUACAAAGUGUUGCGGCCAUGUUUUGAAAGCAGUCUUGGUGUCUGAACAGGCUCUGUGGAGAACACUGAGGAGCCUGUCUGACUGCUUUCUAUUUGUCGUAUUGGCGCGGGUAUGUGAGGUUUCAAUGUAGGGGAGGAUGUUUUUUUUUGUUUGCUUAUUAAAUUCUAAUGUUAUUAAUGUAAUAUUUAACAUUGUGAAACAAAUGUUGGGAUUAGUUAUUAUUCCUGUUGAAAAUAUUUCUGUUUAGUCAUGUAAUUCAUGUGUUCUGUUAUACACGCCUUUCGCGGCGCUCUUUUCUUGUGGAGCUUGUGGGAGAAGGCGCUGUGGAGAACACUGAGGAGCCUGUCUGACUGCUUUCUAUUUGUCGUAUUGGCACAGGCGGCGAAAUCAAUAAAGGUGUUUUCACAUCAGCUGCGGUCCGGCUUAUUUCAACAAAAGACACAACGCAGAAUGAACACUGUUACAUCUGCAUGUUUUUUAUUUAUUUAUGGCCAUUUAUUUUCCUUUUUGAAUUUCAACCUAAAAACAUAGGUUAUGUUGUAGUUUGGGAAUAUAUGCAUUAGUUCAAUUCUUUAAACUUCUACCAUCUUGCUUUUUUGACCUUUAUCACACAAAAUGUAAAAGAACUAUAACAGCAAAUUAAAUACAAUAUAAACCAAAGCAUGAAUUUACUUUGUUCGGCUAAAAAUUUGAUUAAUACUUUCUUGAUUUUUACACUAAAUAGUGUGUGGCCCAAGGUAACAUUUCAGAAUUUAAAUCUCUGUAUGCUCGUAUCGUCAGAAAGCCUGGCAGAGAGACACUGGAGUCAGGGAUAUGGUCCUGCAGCCAUGUCUCAGUAAAACACAUAAUACUGCAUUCCCAAUACUCGGGCUGGGUCCUUUGUAGAGCUUGGAGUUCAUUCAACUUAUUUCCUGACAGUCUCACUGUCAGGUUUAAACAACCUACAAUAUGUGUAAUAACACAAAAAGAAGAGAGACAAAGAAUUAGUUAUUUUAACCGCAUCGAGGAGAACGGUCAAGAUGUGUUCAGUUACAUAUCCCGCACCGCUCUGAACAGCAUCUGCCCGCACCUCUCUUUUUAUUAUCUUUGGGGGUCCCUAUUUACAAAAACGUUCUCUAAGGAUGGGAAACAACAGCUGCAUCGCAAACAGGUCAUAAACAGCUUUAUCCUUUAACAACACAUUUCCACAAUCUCCUCCAACUUCCCAGGAUCAGUUGUGCCUUUUGUUCAGUGCAAUCAGCCUUCAUCUUUAUGACCUCCUCAACUGGACUGCUUCUUCCUCUGCAAGCUCAGCUCCAUUUAUGAUCUUUGCCUGCAGAUAACUCACAUCCUUUACUCACACAAACAUCAUGAAUGAUUAUAAGAUCAAAUUGUUAAAAUAAAGAAUAGGAACAAAAUAAGACAAAUCUUUAUUCAAUUAUUCCAACACUCACACUGCCCAUCAUAAUCAUUGGUUCCUCCUUUUCUCUAUUCUCUUUGCUCCUGCUCUGCAUCAACGGCGCCUCCUGUUCAACUCAUCAGGGAUUUGGGGUUGUAGUUGAAGUUUUCUUUAUGCUUUUGAGAUAUUAAUCAGCUCCUCCUGGUUGUAAAACAAUGCCUUGUUGAUUCAUUAUAACAAAUGGACAAAAGUCAAAAUGUAUCAAAAAUAAUUAUUCCAGCUGUACAGCAUCUGAUACUGAAGAGGAUAAUUUUCAAACAAAAAAUGUUUCCACCACAAGAAGAAUUAGAGCUCUUAAAAAGAAUAUAUCAGAAUGAAAGUCACAGAGCCACUCCAACCUGCUGCCACAUUGAGCAGUGCAAUUCUAGAAUCUAGCACAGCAUCUGCCGUACUAGUUGUUCUAGGUUUUAUUUUAUAUUUUAGCUUUAGUCAAGACCGAUUACAAAUGAAAGUCACAUUAUAUGUCUCCAUUCUCUGUGUUUCAAUUCAUGGCUGAUUAUCAGGUUUUUUGCUAAACUGCAAUCCCCUGAAUCAGAUGUAUUAAAGCAUGAAAACGUCUAAAACAUGCAGGGUGGUGUGCCCUGAGGACCAGGGCUAAAUUACGCAAAGGUGUUCACUGUUUUGCCCAACUAUUGACUGUAAAAUUAAAACAUUUGUAGCUGUAGUUUUUGUGACAGUCUGUAUUGAUUUUGUAAAUUCUGACAAUCUUAGCCAUUGCAGUACAUGUAUGUACCUAAUAUGUUGCCCCCUGCUUGUUAGAUGCUAGGAAAAUGCAUAAACCCAGCAAAAAUAAAUUUGAUCUACUGUAUCUUCAUGGGCAACCUCAUCAACAUGUAGGUGAAACUAAAAUUUAACAAACUUUCUUUGGCACAUCUUCCUUGCUUUCAUACUCAAAUGUAUUUUCCUCAUUGACAAAAUGUGACCUAAAGAGUGCCAGUAAAAUUAGGAACAGCCGUUCAAGAUGAGUUUAGCAGAUAUUCAGUGACAAGAAAAGCAGAUUAGCAGAGACAAUUUUGAACCAUUAAUAAACAAACUACGUCUAUUUUUGCAAGGUUGGGAUACAUUGCAAAUAUCAUAAUGGGGUAGAAUUCAGGCAAUAAAGAUGGCAAUUCCUCCAAAAAAUAAAUAAAUUGUUUAACUUUAACAUUACCCCUCAAGGUGCCACAAUCUAUAUGUAAGACUCUUGAUAAAACUAACCAAAUUCAUUUGGGAGGGGAAAAAACAACCAAAACAUCUCUAAAUAAACGUGAAAUAAACUUAAAAUAGAGUAUGGAGAACUAAAGUUACCAAAUAUACAACUUUAUGGGGUAAGAACGCUGUCAAAAACAAUGUGUAUGUCAAGACGGAAUGUGUGCAUAUUAGUCAAUAGUUGUGCAUAAGUAAAAUCCAAAAGAGGUAUUGUAUAUUUUCUAUAUAAGAAUACAAAAUAAAAUGUUACAGCUUCAAGAAAUUACAAACACACAGUUCAAGUUUACAGUUGUGGUUCAUUCUUUAUUAAUACAAUAUUCUAUAACAGUUUGUGAAUAUGAUUUCUUUUCUAUGAGAAUACGAAUUUACAUCAGCGACUUGGCGUCACGUGAUCUCAGGCUGGUUAGUGGAACACAGAAUUAGUCGAUUUGCGUUGUGCAUGCGGUGUCACACUCCUCACUGCCAGUAAACGUAGUGCCGGAAUGG